GUUUAUUUUACGGGCUUUUACAAUUCCAUAUUUAUAAAUAACCGUAAGUUCAUCUCAAAAACCCUAAUUGCUCAAGCCAUCUCUAGUGUUGUUCAUCUCUUUCUUGAAGCUCUCUCAUCAACCUUCGCCGACGCCGCAAUGGCCCCUUCCAAGAAGACGAAGAAGACUCAUGAGAGCAUUAACAACAGAUUGGCUCUUGUCAUGAAGAGUGGAAAGUUCACUCUUGGGUACAAAACCGUCCUUAAGACCCUCAGAUCUUCCAAGGCCAAGUUGAUUAUCAUUUCUAACAAUUGCCCACCCCUGAGGAAGUCUGAGAUUGAGUACUACGCUAUGUUGGCUAAGGUUGGAGUUCACCAUUACAAUGGAAACAAUGUCGAUCUUGGAACUGCUUGCGGGAAGUACUACAGGGUGUGCUGCCUCAGCAUUAUUGAUGCAGGUGACUCAGAUAUCAUCAAGAGCAUGCCCGACCACUAAAUUUGCUGUACCUUUAGGGUGAAUUUAUUUGGUUUUCUUGCAGAAAGAAGUUUUGAAGAGCCAUUAUUCAUAGGAACGUUUUUUAAAUUUAUAUUCAGUGUUUUGGACAUCCUUGCUUGUAGACAUAUAUUUGGUGUUUUAAUCAGUUGAAUGAGGUGCAACUUCAAUGGAUUCAUGUAUCUUGUUUACACUUAUAUGCGAGUGAACACCAGUUCUCUUGUG